AUGAAAAUUGUAAAAAAUGAGUGGUUUGUCAGUAGAGGAUACGUUUUUCAGAACUUGAGGUUAAUAGGAUAUUUGAGAUAUAUGAUAGAUACUUCUCAGGAGAAGAAGAUGCAUUUUUUAAAAUGUAGUAUUUACGGGUUUUGUUAUAACCAUGAGGGGAAGGGGACAAAGAGAAGAAAAAAUAUACAGACGAAUGAGAGUAACAACAGAGGCAACAGCAACAAGAGCUAUAUUAGUAACAACAGGACUACUGCAUAUGAGGGAAGGUUGCCCAAUGGUAACACAAGUAACGAAUAUAUAAUAAAUUAUAAAAACAUGGAAAUAGGAAAACUUUUAAAAUAUUUGUCACUUAACGUGAAAAAUGAAAAGACAAAAGGAAAAAGAGAUAAUAGUAUAAUUGAAGAAGCUGUAGUACAUCUUUCUAAAAAUGCGAUAAUUAUAAAUAAUAUGAAUUUUCUUUUUUUUAAUAUGUUACUAACUAUUAUACAUAAAAGUGAAAUAAAAAUAAGCAAUAAAAUAUUAAAUCAAAUGGUAUUGUUCUUAUUACAUAAACACAUUUUGGUGUUAUCCAAAAAAGACAUUAAUAAUACGAACUCUUCAUGGAUUAACAUUAUUAAUUUACUUUCUAAUAUCUCAAAAAAUAAUAAAGAUCUUUUACCCUUACUCCAUAAAAAAAUAGAUGAUGAAAAGAAUAAUGGCAUCAAUGGAAAUAAUGGGGUCUCUUUUAUAGAUAAGCUCUUAUAUAGAAUUACAAAUGAGAAUUAUGAUUAUUCGAUGAGAGAAAUUUCUUUACUGUUACAUAGUUGUUACAUAUUGAAUAUAAGAAGUGUAGAGAUGUUUAGUUUUAUUUAUAAACAAAUGUGUGAAAAGGAGUACAUACUAAAUUGUCUAGAUAUACACAUUUUUGUGUAUUCUGUGCAUAGAUUAAAACUCCAUAAUUUUGUAAUUUUUCUUGAAAAUAUAAAAAAAGAUAUUUUAAAAUUAUUAAUCAAUUUUUCAAAUGGACAACUAGUAAAUAUAUUGUUAGCUUAUACAUAUUUCUUUUUCAAUAACAAAGAAGGAAAUAAUUUUAUUCAAAAUGGAGGAUUUAUAUGCACACUAUUUAAUAGAUGUAUGCACACGUUUCACCAUUUUACAAAUAGAGAAUUUUGUAAUUUUCUAAAUUUUAUCAUAAAAUAUGAUAUAUAUUUAGAGGAAAACCAAAAGUUAAGACUGUUGAUGGCUAUCUCAAAGUUGCUUCAACAUAAGUGUAAUGAAAAAUUGAAUCUGUAUUUAAUGACAGAUAUAGAUAUCUUUACUAUUGUAAAUUUUAUUUACAAAUAUAGUAGUACAGACAACUACAUGUUUCCUCAAACCGAUUCUGUCUUUACAAAUUUAGAUAACGUCGUUAUACAUUUAGUAAAAAAAAAAAAAUUUAAACAGAAUUUAUUGGUAUAUAUAUUGCAUUUUUAUAAAUUUAGAAUUAGUACUACUUCUCUAGGUACUGAAUUCUUCUCAUGCGUUCUACAAUAUAUUAAUGUAAGUACUCUAGAGUUUAAAAUGAAAGUAAUGCUACUAACAUCUCUUGAGAGAUACUUGCUAUUAUCUCAAAGGGAAGCCACAAAUCAUGUAGCUAUUAUUAAGAACUAUUAUUAUAAAUUGUUUGAAUACAUGUAUAAUGACAUAUAUAAAGAGAUAAAUCAAUUUAUGCAAAAAAAUAAGGAAGAAAGUGAUAUAGAUACAACCAUAUACACAGAAAAAAAGGAAAUAUUUUCAAAUACAGAUAUUAAAGAAAUAUUAAAAUUAAUUAUGAAAAGAAUGGACAAUGAUGAAACAGACCAUCAAUACUGUUGUAGUACAUCUAGCAGCAAUGCCGAAUGUGAUAUUACGAAAGUGAAAAAUAAUUUUCUUAACCUUUUAUGUGGAUAUAUAAUAAAAAACAAAAUAGUGGAAUUGUUUCCUUACAUUUUAAUGGGUAGGAGUUAUAUACCCAUGGAUAUAUGUACCAAAGUGGAGCUUAUUUUAAAAAACGUUUUUAGCAUACUGAAUAAUUAUACAUUAGAACAUACUAAAAAUAUAAAUGACCCAAAUGAACAAAUUGAAAAAAAAAUGAAUGAGCCUAUUGGACGAGAUGAAAAAAAAAUAAUAAUAAAACCUUUUAAUUUUAUACGCUCCUUAAACUUAUGCAAUGAAUUUAUUUUUAAUAGUAGAGGUAAUAUUUCAAAUUUUUUAACCAAUAAAAAUGUUAUAUUAAAAUAUUUGGAUGCUAUUAGCCUAAAGGAAGAAAAUAAUAUAAACUGCACAUAUUUUAAUUUAUAUGUGCAUAUGCUUUUAUUUGAUAUAAAUCAUAAUAUACUAUAUUUUGUGAACAUUCUGCUAUCCAAAAUUACAGAAUAUAUAAAAAGUGCAAAUUUUAAUUAUAAGCAAAAUUUCUCAAAAAUUGUUGAUAUAUACAUAUCAAUAAUUAAGCUAAAUAUCAGUUAUUAUAAUAUUUAUAUAAAAUGUAUAUAUAGAUUAAUUUUCUCCAAAAUAUUUUAUUAUUAUGAAAAGUUAUGUUAUAAAUAUGUAUCACUUUUAUUUUACUCCAACUUGAUACAUUUGUUUUUACAAAUAUAUCUUCAAAAAAAUUUUUCUAGACAUGUCGUCCUAUCGAUCAGGCUAUUGUUAAGGCAGUUUGACUUUUUUUUAAAUUCUUUAGAUCAAAAUACUUACAAUUUACUCUCAUCAAAUUUUAGAGAACUGUCAGAGUAUGAUAAGAGGGAUAUAAAAAAAACAAAAAACAUACACCCGUUAAUUUCUUCAUUUCCUUUAAAUGAAUUAAUUUAUAUCUAUAGAACAUUAACAAUUUUUCAUUUCGUCAAUUUGUAUAAAUAUAUGAAUAUAUAUGAGUUAAAAACUUUUUACAUAUUUUGUAAAAUUUUAAACUUUUCUAUUUUUAAACUCAACAGCUUUUCCAUAGAAGACUUCACGCAGACGAACAGGGGCGCGUCAAACAUUCAUAGCUCAGUAUUAAGCUGCUUGAAUGACCUUUUUAAAAAUAACGAAAGGGCAAAUAUCCAGUGCGAGCAAAUCGUGUUCCCCUUAUUCAUAAUAGAUAUUUUAAUUAAUAAAAAGUGUCCAUGCUUCGUAUGA